UCAGCGCAUGCGCAGUAACGCUGAUGAGGUCAUCGCGGAGCGUCACUCAGCAACAGUUUGAGUGUGUGAGUGAGUUCCUGCUGGAGCUCCGUCCGCUUCUCUCUCCGCCAGCAUGAGCGUGGACAAGGCCGAGCUGUGUGACUCCUUACUCAGCUGGCUGCGGACGUUUCAGGUGCCGUCAUGUACGAGUAAACAGGACCUCACCAGCGGAGUGGCCAUCGCUCACGUGCUGCACAAAAUAGACCCGUCCUGGUUUAAUGAGGCGUGGCUGGGGAGGAUAAAGGAGGAAACCGGAGACAACUGGAGGAUCAAGGUCAGCAACCUCAAGAAGAUUCUCCAGAGCAUGCUGGAAUAUUACCAUGAUGUGCUGGGGCAGCAGGUAGCGGAUGAACAUGUUCCAGACGUUUCUCUGAUCGGGGAGACGGGGGACGUGUUUGAGUUGGGUCGGCUGGUGCAGUUGGUUUUAGGCUGCGCCGUCAGCUGCGAGAAAAAGCAAGAACACAUUCAGCAGAUCAUGACGCUCGAGGAGUCGGUCCAGCACGUCGUCAUGACCGCCAUCCAAGAGCUGCUUACCAAAGAGCCUGUGGAAUCAGGAAGCACAGACACAUACGGAGAAUUUGAUUAUCAGUCGAGGAAGUAUUAUUUCCUGAGCGAGGAGCUGGAUGAGAAGGACGACGCAUCUCAGCGCUGCAGAGAGCUCCAGCAGCAGCUGUCUGUGCUGAUGGAGGAGAAGACCUCGCUGCAGAGCGAGCUCCAGUCAAUUAAGGAGAAAGCGAGUCACUGUGAACCUCAAGACGCCUCUACUGCCAUCACAGGGAAAAAGCUGCUCCUGCUCCAGAGCCAGAUCGAGCAGCUGCAGGAGGAAAACUACAGACUAGAGACCAACCGUGAUGACCUUCGUAUACGGAAUGGAGUUCUGGAGAGAGACGUGGCCGACCUGCUGCAUCGGAAUGAGGAGCUGACCAGCCUCGCCCAGGAGGCUCAGGCUCUAAAAGAUGAGAUGGACAUCCUUAGACACUCCUCAGAUCGCGUCAGCCGUCUGGAGGCGCUGGUAGAGACGUACAAGCGUAAACUGGAGGAUUUGGGAGACCUGCGCAGACAGGUGCGUCUGCUGGAGGAGAAGAACACCGUGUACAUGCAGCGGACCUGCGAGCUGGAGGAGGAGCUACGCAGGGCCAAUGCAGGGCGCACACAACUGGACUCCUACAAGAGACAGGUGCACGAGCUUCACUCCAAACACUCGUCAGAGGCCAUGAAGGCUGAGAGAUGGCAGUUUGAGUACAAGAACCUUAACGACAAAUAUGAGGCUCUGCUGAAAGAGAAAGAGAGGUUGAUCACUGAGCGGGACACCCUGAGAGAGACAAACGAGGAGCUCCGCUGUGUUCAAGUCCAGCAGAAGUGCCUCAAUCAGGCAGGUUCUUUGGUGGGUUCUGACGGUGACACAGUGGGCAACCUGGCAUCUGAGAUCAUGCCCACUGAGUUCAAGGAGACGGUGGUGCGUCUUCAGAACGAAAACAAGAUGCUGUGCGUUCAGGAGAAGACGUACAGACUGAGGCUCGGUGAGGCGCAGGGUCAACUCGAGGAGGUGCAACGCAGCCAGAACGCACUCGAGACCCAGAACAGGUUGAGUCAGCAGCAGAUAGCUGAUCUGCGUUCUCAAGUCGAGGACCUACAGAAAGCUCUACAGGACCAGGACAACAAAUCUGAGGAUGCCAUCUCAUCCUUGCUGCAGAAGAAACUAGAAGAGCAUCUAGAGAAGCUGCACGAAGCCCACUCCGAUCUGCAGAAGAAGCGAGAAGUGAUCGAUGACCUGGAGCCCAGCGUGGACAGCAACACGGCGAAGAAGAUCGACGAGCUGCAGACCAUCCUGAGGAAGAAGGACGAGGACAUGAGACAGAUGGAGGAGAGAUACAAGCGCUACAUGGAAAAGGCUCGGACGGUGAUAAAGAAUCUGGAUCCAGCGCAGAAACCGAGCACCGUGGCUCCCGAGGUCCAGGCGUUGAAGAACCAGCUCUCUGAGAGAGACCGGAGAAUCCAACACCUGGAGCAUGAUUUCGUGAAGAGCCAGUCCAGACAUGAUCAGGAGGAGAAGUUGAUCAUCAGCGCCUGGUACAACAUGGGAAUGGCCCUGCAUCAGAAGGUGGCUAGCGAGCGCUCCGGCGUUCCUGGUCAGGCUCAGUCCUUUCUCGCCCAGCAGAGGCAGUUCACACAGGCGCGGAGAUGCCUGGGAGCUCGCCUUCAUCCCAGAUAACACACACACACACACACACACACACACACACACACACACACACACACACACUGUGAGAGCAGCGUAACUCUUCUGCCUUCCCUCUCGCUGCUCUGCUGUAAAACACUUCCUGGUUCACUGAGACUCUUCAUGCUGCUGGAACACAUCUGUCUGAUAUUUUUUAUAUUUUGUCCCCGAGACGUGAGGAGACGGACGGAGCUCCUCCACCUCAUCCUAAAGACGCUCUCAGGAGCGAGGGAAGCAUCAACGCUGUCGUCUUUCCUCUCGUUUUUUUUUCUUUUCUUUUUUUUUUUUAGCGGAUCGGGCGGUGUCGGAGCGAUCGAACGUUUUCCGAAAAUCGCGCCGAAUCGUCAGGUAUCAGGGAAUUCAUAGAACGCUAAUUAUUUUGAGCGUAAAUGUGUGUGUCGAUCAGCGUCGGACGACGACAAAGUGCGUCUGACUUUAGAUUUUUUUUCCCCUUUGAUCUUUGAGAUGUGAUUGAUCUUGGUCCUUUUAAUUUUGUUUGCUCUUGUUUACUCUUUGUUUGUCUUUCGUCUAGUUUUUAUUCUAUUUAUAGUAUUUGUAUUUAUAGAGAGUAGAGACUAGUUGUAGUAGUAGUAUUAUUAUUAUUACUAAUAAUUUCUCCUCUUUUUUUUUUUUUAAACGUCUUUUUCAGCACCUUCACGUGAGUAGAUUAAAUACAUGCCGAGCUUUAACUUUCUCUUGAAUCUUGAACACGUCUCUGAACCUCGAGUGCUCACUGCUCCUCUGAAGGACGUGGGCAUAGCCGGACCUCGUCACGUGGACCGUAAUCAGUUUCUCGAUUUCACAAAUAAAUAUAUACUAUACGCAGAUUUGUAGAGACACGUGUGUAGGUGUUUAGUAAAGUCAGGUAGGUGAGGAGGGUGCAGGGUUUACAGCAAGAGAUCUUCCACACACUUUGAACCCAUUUGAAGCAGAUCUUCAUAGAGCUCGAUUUGUGCACAUGCUAGAACAUCCAAAGAUCACGUACCGUCGUGUGCCUCUCAAUUUUAUGGUAAUAGUUUAGUGAAGAACCACACAUUGCUGGAAAUGUCCGGUGUCCCAAUACUUUUGCCCGAGUAGCGUGUACGUAUUAAUCUGGGUAACGAAAAAGGCCAAAGAGUCUCCAGUCGGAUUCCUUCUGCCACUGAUGUUCAGUUUGGAGGGAAUUUUAAUCGUGUUCAAGCACCAAUGACUCAAAACUCACUACAUUUUAUUUCCUCCGUAACCGGAGCUUCAUAUUUUAGCGUCUACUCGACAUCCAAGUUCGAUUUUUUUUUUUUUUUUAAACGAUGAAUUCUUUUUAUUUGAUUUGAUUGUUUUAAAGCUGUGAAUGAACAUAAACACUGCUGUUUAGAUUUAACACUAAAAUAAUGUUUUCUGUCUCCGGAGAAAAAAAAACAAAACGCUUGAACGAAAGAACACGAGUGACCCGUUACCUUCUGUUCAUUAGGUGUGUGUGUGUGUGUGUGUGUGGGGCAUCUGUUAAUGAAGCACUACUAUAGACUAUAUGAAUGGGUUAUGUUUUGUUGGUACACUGGACACUUUAGUAUAGAGGUGUGUGUGUGUUUGUGUUUGAGGGAGAUUCCGGUGCGUGGACACUCAUGUCAGCGUUUACUUUUUUUCCUUUUCUCUUCAUGCAAUAAAACUCUGAUGGAUGGACAGAA